UACGUUAGUGCUACUAAUCCACUUGACACCACCACCAGGCAAGCAGACAUCGCCAGACCACAGGCAGCUCCGCCCACCACCGCCUCCUACGUCGUCAACAGAGUUUCGCAACGGCAUGGCCCGCACGCUACGUUGAUAAACCAAGCCGCACCCGCGAUCCGCACCCGCCAUGGACCUCGUCCCAUCCAUGCCAGGCGCCCGAGAAACGGCUCUCCUCAACGCCGCGCAGGAUGGAGAGCUGGAGCUCGUUCGGGACCUUCUUAGCGAGCAUCGCAGCCUCGUCCUCGCCAAAGAGCCCACCACUGGCCGCGCUGCCUUGCACCUCGCCGUCAUCAACGGCCAUGCCUCGGUUGUCCAGCUGCUGCUCGAAAGCGGUGCCAACGUCGAGGCUGCCGAUGGCGUUGGCUGGCCCUCCUUGGCUCUGGCGGCCACCGUAACCGCCAACCUACGGUCGCUAGCCAUUCCGAGGCUGCUGCUCGAAUACGGCGCAAACGUCGAGGCCGUCAAUGCGUCGACCCUGCAAUCCGCGCUUUAUCUCUGUGCUGAUGCCGAUGAUUUGGACCUGGCACAGCUCCUUUUGGACAAUGGUGCCCAGGUUGACUUUAGGGACAUUUAUGGAUGGACGCCCCUGCUCCGCGCCCUGGUUAUCGGCAGCGUGCCUAUGACACGAUUGCUGCUUCAGUACGGAGCCGACAAGGACGUCACGACAAACGACGGUCACACAGCAGAAGGGCUCGCCCGAAGCGGCGACAUCAUACGCAUCCUCAGGGCGACGCAACUCCUGCGCGGACCCGACAUAUCGGGUCCAGGGAAACGGCCUAUCAGACGAAGGACGCUCGCGCCGGCCGUUCGUGUCCCUCCGCAGCUCGAGGACAUAGACAAGCAAAGCGCCUGCCAUGCUUUCAAAAUCAGCGUCGUCGAGUUCUUCAUCGGCGACUCUGAGGAGCGCAUCCAUAAGACAGCGUCGGUUUACGACAUGAUAUACGGCAUCGGAGCCAACGCCAUCAUGAACUCGACGCGGCAAGGCAUCAUUGACGCCAAGCCCGCGGUGCGGUGGUAUCAUUUGCCUGCUAACAAUGCAGAAUGGGUCGAGGACCUUGCACGGCGACAUCUUGCCGAGGGCGGCUCAGCAACAGGCCUCACGGAUGUCAUGAAGUCUGAUCUGGGCAUGAGCCGUGCCCUCGGAGAUUAUCACAUUAUGCAGACAACACAAGGCUGCUUCAACCGGCCACUUUUCCACGCCACACCAGCGGACCGGGAUAACUCGACUUCACGGGUUACGGCUUUUGUUCCUUACUUGCAUUACGAGACACAAGGAGGGUUCAAGGCCAUGUCUGAAUCCAUUUCACGGAUGCUGCCGGUUCGUCGCCGCGCCAAGAAGACUGCCAAGUUUAAUCUUCCGGAGAGGGAGAGCGACCGCGACCAAGACCGUGCAGAUACGGGAGCUACCGUACCUGACACGAACCCGAGGGGAAGGAUGGGCACUUCCCAGCCACCAAACAUGGCCAUGUAUCCUGGUGCAUUGCAUGAGUUGUUGCUCAAAGGGUACUUCAAGUCGGCGGCAGGCUCUGUGCCGCCACUGCAGGCGCGCCGCACCCUUGACCAGUAUUUUUACACUCACCUAGGCAGCACCGCCAAGAGGGAUGUAGACCAGGUCGUUUUGCGAUAUACGUCAAAAUACGCCGGCGUCGAGCCCAAAAUCUUCAUGGUCGAUCAGUUGUGGCUGUGGCUGCUGGACGACGAAACCAUCAUUUCUUGUUGCCCGAUGAGGUGGGACUCCUGGACGUUAGACGUUUCUGCAACGGGCACCCACCCUACGUCGUGGGAUGACUUCAAACUGCGAGACGGCGAUCCACUCAACAUUUACCAGGCCAUUCUUCGCUAUCUACGAGACGUCAGGCGACCAUCCAUCACGAGUGCCCACGACCUGUGUUUGGUCAUCACGUCGUUCUGCCUGGGUGCGUUUGAUCCACUAGGAACCACCGAGGACUUUCACUUUUUCGAUUUCAUGGAGCGGUCUAUUGGCGAAGUCAGCGACCAAACAGCCGAAAGCCUGCGCGAGUUCCGAGAGCUGCUUGACGCGACUGCCCUGACAAAAGAAUUCCUUUCCGCCGAGGACAUUCGCAUCGAACAAGAGACAAAUCUCCUGGUAGAGAUAGAGGAUAUUCGCGAUGAGCUUGGCAUCCUGCGAUCUGUGCUGUGUGACCAGAACACGGUCAUACAGGAUCUGUUUCUCCAUCUGGAGACGGUCGCAACCAAUGACCCCAACCACACCACGAGCCAGGACUUGAGAGGGAAGCGGGUUUUGAACACCAAUCUCGCCCGUUUAGACCGCAUGGAGAGUCUCACGACCAAGGCGGUACAGUCGCUCCGAACGCUCUUGGAGUUAAAACAGCAGCAUGCCAGCUUGUCGGAGGCUCAGUCCGCCCGCAGGCAAACAGAGCAUAUGGCUAAACAGGCCAGUCUGGCCACAACAUACAACAGAAAAGUGGCCAAUCAGAUCAGCCUGGCACGGCGACAGGCUGAGGAGACGGCAAGACAAGGAAAUGUCAUCCUGCUCUUCACCGUUGUGACGGUAGUCUUUCUUCCCCUGUCAUUUAUUACCUCAUUUUUCACAGUCCCGAUUGCUGCAUUCCCCUACAACGACAAGGACAAAAUGCCGGUGGGAUUCGUCCUGGCUAUCAUUCUGUCGGUGUCGGCGGGUGUCUCCGUUCCAUUUGUACUCGUUGCCUUUAACUUGGAGAGCGUCAAGUCGUGGCCCAAGUCAGCCAUCACUUGGGUCAAGGGAGCACCUUUUGUGUCUACGUGCGUAGGUAUCAUUCUUCUGGUGACCAUUGUCGCGUUGGCGGCCACGCUCUCCCAGCCCCUGGCCCCCGCGGUCAAGGCUGGGGUCGGCGUCGGGCUCGCACUUUUGGCGAUGGGGACAAUUGUCACACUUCUAGUUUCUCGUUACGGCCGAGGACGAAGGAAAGGGUUAUACCAUUAGCGAUCACUCGUCUUCGCCCUCAACUAUCGUUUCCGCAAAGCCAUGAGACAUCUCACCACGCCUGACCCAAGCCGCAGUGUUCUGCUGUCGCGUCUCCCAUUCGCCUCUUCUCCCAGUCGGCGUAUAUCCCAUAAACUGAAG